AUGGUUUCCCCAGACCCCCAAAUUAUCGUGGUGGCCCCCGGGGCCGAACCCGAGUCUACGCAAGUCCAACGCAGUGAGGACGGGGGAACCAUUCUCCGGAUAUUUUGGGUGGGCCCCAAAGGCGAGCUGCUUAGACGAACCCCGGUGAGCUCGGUCAUGCAGAUGCCGAUGGGGGUCCCAAUGGGGAAGUCGAUGCUGGUGUUGCUCACCUUCUUGGCCUUGGCCUCGUGCUGCUUUGCUGCUUACCGCCCCAGUGAGACCCUGUGCGGCGGGGAGCUGGUGGACACCCUCCAGUUUGUCUGUGGGGACCGCGGCUUUUACUUCAGCAGGCCGGCGAGCCGCGUGAACCGCCGCAGCAGCCGUGGCAUCGUGGAAGAGUGUUGCUUCCGCAGCUGUGACCUGGCCCUUCUGGAGACCUACUGCGCCGCCCCCGCCAAGUCCGAGAGGGACGUGUCGACCCCUCCGACCGUGCUCCCCCCCAACUUCCCCAGAUACCCCGUGGGCAAGUUCUUCCAAUAUGACAGCUGGAAACAAUCGGCCCAGCGCCUGCGCAGGGGCCUGCCUGCCCUCCUGCGCGCCCGCCGGGGUCGCAUGCUCGCCAAGGAGCUCGAGGCGUUCAGAGAGGCCAAGCGUCACCGUCCCCUGAUCGCCGUGCCCACCCACGACCCCGCCGCCCACGGGGACGCCUCUCCGGAGGCGUCCGCCAAUCGGAAGUGAGCCAAACUGUCGUAAUUCUGCAGAAUGGCACCGUCCACCUGGUGCCCUCCUCCUGACCGGGGGCCGUGUUCCAUCGGGUCCCGCCUCCGACAUCUCCCGGUACCAUUUUCCCUCCGCGGGCUCCCCCCCCCCCCGCCCCCGUGCCCCAACCUCCCCAUGUCAGGCUCUUCUCUCCUUGGCCUUCUCCAUCCGGCCAAGGGGAAUGGUAGUAACACCUCUGAAACUAUACAAACUCAAUUGGCGUUAAGCAUCCCCCCAAAUCACCCCCAAAUCACACGACAAAAUACUAAAUUAUGAACCCCUGAAUGACACACACGCAUGCACAUCAGUCCCCUUAAAACUAAUUGGCUUUUUAGAAACACCAGAACAGUAAUUUGGCUUAAAAAAAAACCCAAAACAACUAAAAAUAUCAAUUGGCUAAAAAAAUACUAAAACCAAAUUGACUUAAAAACGAUUGGCAUAAUGAAAGAAUCAGGCACCCCCCUUCCCUCUCUUCCCCAGGGACCUCGAGUCAGAUUGGCCACGGCUCGGGCCCCUGACCGACCAGGAGAGAGGAAGGGACCCCAGAUCUGCAGGCAGGCACGUCCUUGCUCUACAGCCAGCUCUGGCCCUCCACAGGGAGAAUUGGCCAUCCUCCGACAGCACAGCCCCUUCGCUCUGUUUUCCAUCCUCGAAAAUCACCAUGGAGCUGGUUGGGGGUUCCCAGUAAGACCGAAGGAGGGGAGAACAGAACAUGAAAACCAAAAUUUGUGAAAAUAAGCUUUAAUUGGCCCAAACCCCCAUGCACCCUAAAGUCAAUCCUCCCCAAACCCACACACCCCAAAUUCUCACAUCUCAGUCCCCGCUCUAAAAACCAGGCAUCCCUGCAGACACCCCCCCUACAUGCACCCACACUCACACAUGCACAGCCCUCACACACUCUCAUGUACAUGCACACAUACACACACACUCUCGUGCACACACAGCCCCUCACGCACACACACCCUCACAUGCACACACGCACACAGAUGAGUGAACCCAGCACGGUGCAGGUCGGACCACGUUCUGCCUUGGCCCCUUCUCUAAGCCGUUUGGUGAUGAGGUUUUCAUGGGCUGCUCUCCCCUCUGGACCCCUGGGAUGCACUCCUGGGGUGGGAGAGGGUGUGUCCCAGGCCCAGGUGGGCGACCCCUCUGUCUGAGAUGACGGAGGCGCC